AUUACAUUAAUUCAAGGAAAGAAGAAAACCCAAGAAAAAAGGAGAAAUGCCAAUAAAACCUUGCUGUCCUAUGAAUAGGUCACAGGAAAAAUGUCCGCAGAAUCUGAGAUGCCAGAAAUUAUUACAUGUUACUUGGAACACCAUUAAAAUCUCCUUAAUCUCAGAACCUUCACUACCUUAUAUUACCCAUUUUACUCCUCCACCUUCCAAAUCCUCAGCCUCAGACUUCUAUAUAUAUACAUAUAUAUAAGUGAAUAAAACUCACAUUCUGACAGAGGAUCUUGUAUAGAAGUUACAAACCGACCCGCCACCACGAUCCUCCGCAGCUCGCCCGUUCUCCAUUCUUGACAAAUAAUAAUGGGAGGCUGCGCGAGCAAACCUAAAGAUUCUGACAUCCUUGAAAAUUCCGUCUCCAGGGAAGUCCCCGACUCACCCAAGAAGCCCGAACCUGAGGCUGUGACUCAGACGCCACCAAAGGAAGAAACCAAUGAAGGGGAGAAGCAAAACGAAGCACCGUUGGUAGACUUGUCCGAGCCCAAGAAAGAGGGUGAGUCGGUUGACGCGUCCUCUGACUCAGUACCCUCCAAGACCGCGGAGACACAGACAGGAAGCGUUGAAUCCCCUGCCAAGAAAGCUGAGGAAGGAGAUGUGGAGAAAACCCCUGAGCCGGCAAAGGAGGAGGAGAAAACUGAAGCUAAUCCCAGCUCAGACAAAGACAAAAGCGAUGCACCUCUUGUUACAAUCUGAUCGAAAA